AUGGCUUCCAUGAACACUGAAAGAGCCUCAUCAUCUUCCUCUUCCACCCAUCAAUUGACAUAUGAAGUAUUCCUCAGUUUUAGAGGUGAGGACACCCGCAAUGGUUUUACGAGCCAUUUAUAUACUGCUUUGGGUCAAAAGGGCAUUUACACCUUUAUAGAUGAUGAAAAACUUGAGAGGGGAAAAUUAAUUUCACCUACAGUCAUGAAAGCAAUAAAAGAAUCAAGGUUUGCUAUUGUCAUUCUCUCAAAAAAUUAUGCAUCUUCAACUUGGUGCCUAGAGGAACUUGAAGAGAUCAUUGGAUGCAUAACCAAGACGGGAAUGAUAGUUUUACCUAUUUUUUAUAAUGUGGAUCCAUCUGAUGUAAGGAAGCAGAUAGGAACUUUCAAACAAGCUUUUGAUGAACACGAACAACGUUUCAAGGAGAACACAGAGAAGGUGCAGAAAUGGAAAGCUAUUUUGAAAGAAGUGGCCAAUAGCCCAGGAUGGCAUUUACCAAAGAGGUCUGAGGCAGAAUGUAUCCAAGACAUUGUGGAAGUGAUAUUAAAUAAAUUGGAUAAUACCUUCUCAGCACAUACCUUCUCAGGACUAAUAGGAAUGGAAUCCCGAGUUGAGAAAUUGAAGUCACACUUAGCUAUGGAGUCAAGUGAUGUUCGCAUUAUAGGAAUUUGGGGGACUGGAGGAAUGGGUAAGACAACUCUUGCAAGAGUUGUUUAUAGAAUGGUUUCCAAUAAAUUUGAAGCUUGCUGUUUCCUUGAUAAUGUUAGGGAAGAAUCUAAAAAAUGUGGUUUAUGCAAGUUACAAAAAAGACUUUUGAAAAAACUUUUGAUGAUCAAAAAAUUGAAUGUACAAGAUGUUGAUGAUGGAGUUCAAAUGAUCAAGAAUAGGUUACAUAACAAAAAGAUUCUUCUUGUUCUUGAUGAUGUAACUGAAUUAGACCAAUUGAAGAAGUUAGCUGGGGAGCAUUGUUGGUUUGGUUCAGGUAGUAGAAUUAUGAUAACAACAAGAGAUAGGCAUUUGUUGGUGAAUCAUGAAGUAAAUGAAAUAUAUGAGGCUAAAGUAUUGAAUCAUGAUGAAGCUCUUAAACUUUUUAGUUUGAAAGCUUUUAAAAAGGACCAUCCAGUAGAAGAUUAUGAAAAGCUAUCUCAAGCUUUUGUAGAUUAUUCUAAGGGGCUUCCUUUGGCCCUUGAAGUUUUGGGUUCUUUCUUGUUCAGAAAAAGCAUUGAUAUAUGGAAAAGUGAAGUAGGUAGGCUCACCGAAUUUGGUGAAAGUAGAAUUCUCAAUGUGCUUCGAAUAAGUUUUGAUGGUUUACAAGAAAUAGUCAAAAAAAUAUUCCUAAAUAUUGCAUGUUUUUUUAAUCAAAUGGAUAGAGAUAAAGUCAUAGAAAUACUAGAUUCUCUCGAGCUAUACCCUGGAAUUGGAUUAGAGGAUCUUAUUGACAAAUCUCUCAUAAAAUUGCAUUGGAAUCGAUUGUGGAUGCAUGAUUUAUUACGAGAUAUGGGUCGGGACAUAGUUCUUCAAGAGUGCCCUAAAAAUCCUGGGAAGCGUAGCAGAUUGUGGUUGUAUAAAGACAUUGACAAUGUACUGAUAACAAAUACGGGAACGGAAGCAAUUGAAGGCAUAGUCCUAAAUUUACGCAAACCAAUAGAGGCAGAUUGGAAUCCCGAAUCCUUUUUAAUGAUGCAACAUUUGAAAUUGCUCAUAAUUAAUAAUGUUCGCCUUACGCAUGACCCUAAACAUCUUUCCAAUGACUUAAGAUUUCUUGAUUGGCGUGGGUACUCUUCAAAAUCUUUGCCAUCAAGUUUCCAAUCAAAUAAGCUUAUUGAACUUCACAUGUGCUACAGCUACAUUGAACGACUUUGGGAAGGAACAAAGUCUUUUGAGAGAUUGAAACUCAUCAAAUUAAACAAGUCUCAAAAUCUCAUUGAAACCCCUGAUGUCACCAAAAUCCCAGUUCUGGAGAAGUUGUUUUUAGAAGAUUGUAUAAAUUUACUAAGGGUGCACAAAUCAAUCGGAGUUCAUAAACAGCUUACCAUUCUUAAUCUAAAAGGAUGCAAAAAUCUUAGAAGUCUUCCAAACAAAUUUGAAAUGAGGUCUCUUGAAAUUCUUAUUCUUUCUGGUUGUUCAAAAGUGAAAAAAAUCCCAGAAUUCGAGAAGGAUAUGCUUGUAUUAAACCUUUACUUGGAUGACACUGCUAUUACAGAAUUACCCACAUCAAUCGGAGUUCUUAAAAAGCUAACUUCUCUUAAUCUAAAAGCUUGCAAAAGCCUCAAAACUCUUCCAAACAAGUUUGAAAUGGAGUCUCUUAAGAUUCUUACUCUUUCUGAUUGCUCAAAAGUAAAACAAAUUCCAGAAUUUGGGAGAAACAUGAAACGUGUAUGUAAGCUUUACUUGGAUGGUACUGCUAUUACAAAACUACCCACAUCAAUUGAGCAUUUGACUGACCUAGCUUCAAUUAAUUUAAGGGAUUGCAAAAAUCUUGUGUGUCUACCCAACACCAUUUUCAAUUUGAGGUUGCUUAAAGAUGUGGAUAUUUCUGGAUGCUCAAAACUUGAGAGACUACCUGAGAAUUUGGGGAAUGCAGGAAGUAUAGAGGAGCUUGAUGUGAGUGGAACUGCUAUAAGACAAGUGCCUCCUUCCAUUGGUCUCUUACAUAACCUUAAACAACUAUCUUUCCGCGGAUGUAAGGGGUUAUCAUCAUCUAAAUCUAAAUCAUGGUAA